AUGCCGGAGGAGCGCGGUGGCGAUGAUAUGGAAUGUGGGCAGCUGCCUUCGGACACGCUCCGACAGGUGACGGUCCAGCGCCAUCCCCGCUACGGAUUUGGCUUCGUGGCCGGCAGCGAGAGACCAGUGGUGGUGCGCUCAGUGGCAGCAGGCGGCCCCUCUGAGGAUAAACUCCUGCCAGGAGACCAGAUCUUGGCCAUCAACGAUGAGGAUGUGAGUGAAGCCCCCAGAGAGAGAUUCAUCGAGCUCGUCAGGAAGGCCAAGGACUUCAUCAUCCUCACGGUCCUGCACACUCACCAGUCUCCCAAAUCUGCUUUCAUCAGCGCAGCCAAGAAGGCGAAGCUAAGGUCCAACCCAGCGAAGGUCCGAUUUUCAGAGCAGGUGACAGUCGGCGAGACAGACCCAGACAUGUUGAAGAAAGAAGCUCUCCUCCUCAUUCCCAAUGUGCUGAAGGUUUUCCUGGAGAACGGGCAGAUCAAAUCCUUCACGUUUGAUGGCCGAACCACUGUGAAGGACGUGAUGGUGACAUUGCAGGACCGCCUGUCCCUGAGGCACAUCGAGCACUUUGCCCUGGUCCUGGAGUAUUCCAGCCCGGAGCAGAGCCACCGGUUCCUUCUUCUCCAGGACAAGCAGCCACUGGCCCACGUUGUGCAGAGGACACACUACCAUGGCAUGAGAUGCCUCUUCCGUGUGAGCUUCUUCCCCAAGGAUCCAGUAGAGCUACUACGCCGGGAUCCUGCAGCGUUCGAAUACCUGUACAUCCAGAGCCGCAAUGAUGUGAUCAGGGAGCGCUUCGGCAUGGACCCCAAGCCAGAGAUGCUGCUGUACAUCUACAUCACCGUCGCAGCCACCCGCCCCAGCCAGAAGGUCUCCCUCAAGAACGUGGAGAAGGAGUGGGGCCUGGAGCCCUUCCUGCCCCCCUCGCUCCUGCAGCUCAUCAAAGAGAAGAGCCUCCGGAAAUCCCUCUCACAGCAGCUCAAAGCCCACCAGAACCCGCCUGGAGGCACCAAGGUCUCCAUGGCGCAGGCGAAGCUGCAGUACCUGAGGAUCCUGAACGAGCUGCCCACCUUUGCUGGGGUCCUCUUCAACACAGUGGGACUGGACGAGAAGCAGCCAGCCACCACGCUUCUGGUGGGACCCCGGCACGGUAUCAGCCACGUCAUCGACCUGAAGACCAACCUCACCACGGUGCUGUCGGAGUUCAGCAAGGUCAGCAAGAUCCAGCUGUUCAGGGAGAACCAGGGGGUGGCCCGAGUGGAGACAAGCAUCCUGGAUGCCAAGCCGCUGGUGCUGCUGAUGGAGUGGCCUGAAGCCACCCACUUCCCCUAUUACAUCAACGCACACAACCUCCACCAGCCUGCCGCAGCGGGGCAUACGGGAAAGAAAGAGAGCGGGCUGGUGGGUGGCUCUGCCACUGGCACCGGAGCAGCCGGAGCUCCAGCCUCCAGGGCUUCGGACUCGGAGCUCAUCAGCUUUUGCUAUCUGCACAUGCGAGAGCAGAGGAAGGAAAGAGAGAGCAGGACAGAUAUCAACGAAAACCUGAUUUUUUUUGAGGAAACUCGUCCCAGGACCAAAUCUGACCCCACUUCCAAAAGCUCUGGCCAAGACUACAACGGGGCAGCUAACGAGUAUGACCUGGAUGGCCUUGACCAAGACAGGCAUGCGAGCAGGGCCAGGGCACACACCAUAGACACCCACCUGCGGAGCGACGUCUCGCACUUCUACUGCGAGUCCUGCCAAGCUAAAAUCAAGAGCCGGCUGGCCUCAUGCAAGGGAGGCAAGCCCGGCACCACCCGGGACAAUAUGGUGGACUUGAUGUCACUUCCACCUCCCGGGAGUGAUGAGGAAGAAGAUGAGACGACAUCUCUGCUCCCUGCCAUUGCUGCCCCCCCUCCCGGCUUCCGAGACAACAGCUCGGACGAGGAUGACCCCAAGCGCCGGGCGGCUGCCCAGAGCCAGGAGCAGGGCCGGCACCUCUGUGGCAUCCUCUACGACGAGAUCCCUGUCACGCUGAUAGACAACGUGCAACCACGGACAGUCCGAGACCAUGCCCAAGAGCUGGACGAUGCCCUGGUGUCCACCCUGCAGGCGCUGGAAGCCCUGGCUGCUUCAGAGGAUUGUCCACAUCCCCCACCCCAGCAGACAGCAGGUCUUAUUGUCCUGGCUGCCAUCACUCCUGAGUCAUCCUUGGAUUCUGGCCAUGAAACCAACUCUUCAGAGCUAACUGAUGUCUCAGAGAUGGUCUCUGCCAUGAAGCAGCAUCAGAACGCAGCCUACUUUCUCGCUCAACAUAUCAACAAAGAAAACCUCCUGGCCAGAAAGGACUUGCCGUUCCGAAUCCAGAGCUGUGCUGCCCAGGCUGUUCUCGCCUCACCCUACCCUCUCGGUCGCCAGGAGCCGAGCCCUUCUUUGAAGCCAGCUUUCUCUCACCAAAGCCACAACCUCACCAACUGCAAGAGCAAACAGGAGCAGCAGCAUGCUGAACGGAGCUACACCUUGGCUGUCCAGCCAGCGCUGAACCCCCAGCUUAAUGAGCAGAACAGGGGGGCUCCAGCACCAGACUCUGAAUGCCAAGGUGCAGGCCACACGAAAGCAGCCUUUGAGGUAUCUCUGCAUGCCACAGCAGCCCCGAGCAGGGAGCAGGCACAGGACGUACAAGAGAAGACACCCGAGGAGGUCCAGCCAAGCUCCAAGCUCCUCCUGGACCAAAAAAGUGGUCUAACUCCAGCCAUCAUUUCAGCUGCUCUGCAGCAAGCGGCAAAUGCAAAAGGUUCAGCUCCCCAAGUGGCAGCAGCCUCAAAAGAAGACAAGAACGUGAACGGUAUCAGCAGCUGUGCAUCAGCCAGCAGCAAGCCUUUGAAACUUAAAGGAGGUCCACAAACCACAGAGAUAUUAUGCAACUGUCAGCAGCAGCAGCAGCAGCAACUCCCCCCGCAGCAGCACUGUGAAGUCUCUCCAAGUCCUAAAGAAGCUCACGGCGGUAAGGCUGAAGCUUUCCGCCCCACCUCGGCAGGUGAGGAAACGAUGCUCAGUAAGACUUUUGCCUCUAAAAGCUACCAGCAAAAAGGGAAUAGAGAUGCUCCAGGAAAAGCCACAAGCGGAGAGGCAGGUCAGAAGGCAGGUAAGGAAGCCACAAGCCUUGUCUUUCAGAAGAACACAGCUCCUUCAAACCAAGGACAGAAAAUGCAACAGGAAAGUUCAGCCAAGAGCUUAAAAGGUGAGAGUAGCAAUCUGCACACUCCAUCACCUGGUAGCACUUUCAGGAGCACCAGUGAGGAACCCAAAGGGCCAGUUCCAAAGGUGCCCAGAUCCGAGAGCCUGCAGAUCAGCACCGUGCCUUCCAAAAAGGUAGAAAAAGUCCUGGAGGUGACCCAACAAGUUGCCGAUAUCCCAGCUAAACCCAAAGCUCCGAAAGCUCCCUUCAGGUUGAGGAACCUGUUCUCUGCGACAUUCCCGACCCGGCUGAAGAAGGAGACGGAUGAGCGGCAGGCCCAGCUGCAGAAGGUGAAGCAGUACGAGCUGGAAUUCCUCGAAGAGCUGCUCAAGCCAAAGAGCAAAGGUGACCUCCCACCACAGGAGUAUCUGCACCCUCCUGCCCCGGGGCGCUGCAGCUGCCAGCUGAGGAGCAGCCCUGUGCAAAAGGUCCCAGGGAUGUCCAGGGAGCAAAGGCGCAGCUGCGACUGCAAGCGGAUUUGCAGGGGGGUGAGACCACCCCCUAACCAGUUGGUGAUGUCAGAGCUGGAGAGGCGAGGGAGGGAUAAAGCUACCGAUGACCAGAAGCAGGCAGAAGCCAUCAGGUUGACAAGCGUGAGCAGCCCUUCCAAAGGCAAGCGGAUACGAUCCACAAGUUUAGAGUCCAGAGAUUACCGGUCAGAUCCAGAGAACAGCAUGUCCUGUCUGACAACGUGCACGUCCCCCGGAGAAUGCAUGGGGGCUCCACACUACCGGAAGCUUUUGCGUCGCUACAGUGUCAGUGAAAUAGAUAAGACUGACAUAACAUCCCUGUCCUCCGACAUCUACCAGAACAUCUACACAGCCAAGCAGAAAGGGUCCCAGAAAGAGCCUGAACCCAGCAUCCUUUGCCCCGUUCUGAAGAGCAAAAUCCAAGAAGCCUCUGGAGUGGCUGACCCCUCCUAUGUCCAGAUAGCACAGGAGAAAAAGAACCAGAAGGGGUCAGCAGUGUUCUCUGUCCAGGAGGAGGUGUAUCCAAGUCCCGCUGAGCUGCGGGAUGAAGACAUGGAGGAUGAGAAAUGCUGCUCCAUUCGGUACUGCUUCUACUACAGGAAAUGUGACGUUGCAGAUGAUGGGAGCGAGAAGGACGAGCUCUCCUAUUCCAUCCCCAUGCAGAUACUCCCGGGAAUGAAGCUGGACAAUCAGAUGGUCCCAGUCAUGAGCAGGACUCUGCAGGUCCUAGAUGCAUCAGCCUGCAGCAGUCCUAAUGACAGUCAGACCCAGGAAAUCGAUUUAAGGACCUCCAGUUUUGAGGGAAGCUUGGCAAAGAUCAACACCCUUCGAGGCCAUGCCUACAGCUUCCCCAAUGGGUUUCUGCAAGUGCAGCUGGACACCACCGAGCUCCUGACUAUCCUGAGGCAGUGUGUGGUGAGCCCCGAGGUGCGGGACUGCAAACCCUACAUCUCCCAGCUGGCUGAGUACAAGCAAGAGCUCGCCCUCAAGUUCAAGGAGUUCCGGGCGUCCUGCCGCCGCGUGGCAGCCGUCGACAAGAGUCCUACCCACAUGCUCUCCGCCAUCACGAGCAGCUUCCAGGUGCUAAGCAGCCUCAUCGAGACGUUUGUGAGGCUGGUGUACGUCGUGCGCUCGGAGUCCCAGCGCCAAGAGCUGCUGACGAAGGUGGAGGAAGUGGUGAGAAACUACACCUUCCUCCUGAAGGCUGCGGAGGAGUCCACGGCCAGAACGCUGAGCCACCAGCAGACGGUGGAGCAGCUCGCCCGCCAGUCAGCCACAGUUGCCACCGUCGUGAGCACGCUCACGCGCUCCCUAAAGACGUUGAUCAAUAAGUAA